AUGCCUGGUUUAGAUUUGAACGAGCCUAUCAACUGGGAUGAGAUUGAGGAAUUUGAGGGAGACGUACAUGAUUUGAGCUAUGAUUAUGUUUCGGACUCCGGCAACGGAGCUGACAAUGGCGACGACGACGACGAAGGUGAAGAUGGCCAAGAUGAAGGUGACCACAACACAGUUGACGUCGUGGUUGAACCUGAAGCGGGCAGCGGUGCACACAUCUUGCAGCAAGUUGAAGGGGAAUCCGUGCAGCAAGUUGAAGAAGCAGAUGCCGUGCCUCAAGCAGACGCCGGAGAUUUAGCUGAUGCUGUGGCAUUCGACUCAGGCACUCCUGCCAAUAUCAAGAGGAGGCGGUACUACCCUCCUGAUAUAAAAAGAAUCCUGUAUGCGAUGUGCUUAGAAAGAUCAGCUCCAGGCAUGAUGAAGUAG